UGGAUUUCAGUCAAGAAUAUAAUGAGAAAAUCAUGACUUUGCUCACCAACACAUACGAACAAGUUAACAUUAUAAAUUCCAAGAUCAAAAGGAAAUCCGGCUAUCAAGCAAAACAGAUUUCAAUGGAUGAACUUCAAUCUACCGGCGAUACUAACGAAACACGCGGCAUCAGCAUAAUCAAGAAAAUCUAUAAAGGAAUGGACGUGGCAUGUAAGAAAAUAACAAUAGAAAAGGAAAAAGUGGCCGAGGUGGAAAAAUUUGAAUCUCAGUUGGCCAUUCUCGAAAAAUUGCAUCAUUGCGAUUAUAUAAUCCGAUUUUAUGGAAUUUUGAAUGCGAGUGAAGAUGAAAAGAUUAUGAUCUACGGCUGGGCUGAGCAUGGUAACUUAAAAGAAGUCUAUGAAAGGUAUAGCAUCCCGUGGGGUAAAAAGCUUAGCAUCGCAUUGGGCAUCUGUCGAGGGAUGGUCUUCUUAAAUGCGACCAAAAUUUAUCACCACGACAUUCGGUGUGAGAAUAUACUCAUGAAUUCCAGAUGGGAACCAAAGAUUGCGAAUUUUAGGAUUGCGAGAUGGAUUAGCGGGGAAACAAAAAAGUACACAGAUCCGGUGGCCUCGCUUAAUUGGAUGGCACCGGAGAAGAUGAGGGAACUCGAAGAUCCAAAUUACAAUCCCAAUCCAAAGAAAUACCGAUAUACAACAGGUUGCGAAAUAUUCAGUUUUGGAAUGCUACUUUGGGAGCUGAAAUAUGAAAGGAAACCUUAUGAGGGUAUGACGGUACAAGAUCUGGUGAAACACGUGCUUUCUGGGAAAAGGGAGAAACUGAAUUGCAACAAACUAUUGCCACAUGGUGUUGAAGGGAAAUAUAUUGAAAUCAUUCGUUCAGCAUGGGAACACGAGCCACUCUAUCGUAUAGAAAUGGCUACCUUGUUUAAGAAAAUGCUAGACAUAAACAGAGAAUACCGCGAAAUUUCUAAAUUCGACAUUAACAUUAUCCCCAAAGAGAAAAACACAAGUUCAAAGAAUAUCGUGGAAGGUAUUGAGCAAAAUGUCAACGAUGACAUACAUGCUUACAUCAAAGUAAUACCUCCCAUGGAAGACGGAAUCAAAGCUUACGAAAGUGGGCGAUAUGACGAGGCGUGGAAUAUCUUCAAGGAAAAUUCCGAAUUGGGUAUUAGCACUGCAAAAUAUUGGGUUGGUAAAUUUUAUUGGGAAGGGCUACAUAUCAAAAAGGAUAAAGAGAAAGCUCUCGAAUGUUAUGAGAAGGCAGCUAGUGAUGCAAAUUCCGAUGCACAGUAUACGUACGCUGUGUCAUUGAUAGAUAUAUAUAAGGAUAGAUCAUUCGAAAAGAAAGCUGACAUCAUUAAAAAUUUGAAAAUGGCAGCCGCAAAUGGUCAUUCGAAAGCACUAAAUUUAUUGGGACAUAUAUACUUGCACGGGAAGUUACAAACCACCAUGGAUAAAAAAUUGGCGAUAGAGUAUUAUAAGUUGGCUGCGUUGAAAGGCCAGACGGAUGCAAUUAAUACCUUAAAUGAAUUGGGUAUUGAUAUGUAUGAAUAA